AUGAACCUCAUAUGCUUGCCAAUGGAGGGUUUGGAUGUGAUUCUGGAGAUGGACUGGCUGUCAAGCAACCACAUCGUCAUCGAUUACGGACGAUGUAGAGUAGUGUUCCCAAAUAUAGAAGGAUUGAACAUAAUAUCGUCUAAUCAGGCGAUGAAGGAAAUAGAAGCUGGACCUACUUGCUUUAUGAUAGUAGCUCAAACAAAGAAGAAGAGUACAACCGAGCAGAUUAGAAGCAUACUAGUGGUGGAUGAGUAUACAGAUUUCUUCCCAGAUGAAAUUCCCAAACUAUCGCCAAGCAGGGAUGUGGAUUUCACCAUUGAUCUUAUCCCUAGAGCUGGCCCAAUAUCGAUGGCACCAUACAGGAUGGCGCCAGCUGAGUUAGCAGAACUAAAAAAGCAAAUUGAGGAUCUGCUUGAGAAAAAGUUUAUCCGGCCGAGUGUGUUGCCGUGGGGAGCAUCAUGCUCUUGGUAA